CUGCUUAUUCCCGCUUGGAUAUAGAAGAGGGCUAUAGUCGUUAUUCGCAUCGUGCGCCUCUGCCCUUCUUUAGUAUCAUCUGUCACAAACAUCUGGCACUCGCAGUGUCUCCCUGCCCCCCGCUCUUUCAAAUCCACACUCUUUCCUUGAGCCCGAUCCUUAGUAUACCAGACUGCUACACAAUUGUCCGGGGACACUGUCGAGACUAUUCCUUUGAGCCUGUUCUUUUGGCGUGGAUACAUUUACCAAACAAGCCACAAUGGUCGCUGAAUCUGGGGCGACGAUAACAAUGCCACCUUUAUCUGCUUCUGCCUCGACUACUCCUGCCACCAACGACCCCUCAACUUCUUCGUCUUCCAUGAAGACGACACCCAGCGCUUCCAAAACAGAGCCCAAGCCCAUCAAACUCAGGGCUGCUUGCAACCACUGCUUCUCGGCGAAGGUUCGGUGUGAUGGGAACAAAGAGGGCUGUCGCAGAUGCUCUGAAAAAAGACUGUCUUGCGUCUACAGCGAAUCCAGAGUCGGGAAAGUGGUAGGCAAACGACGAAAGCGGCCUAUUGACGACUCCAUCGGCACCAUCAAUUCCCAGUCGUGGAUUGUCCAUAAUUCGCUCCCUAUACAGUCCAUCCCCUCGCCUGCUACCACCCACGGUUCAGACGAACCGGGCCGGAGACACGGCAACCCCCCUACCUGGUCCUCCUUCAUCGUCAAUAGCGACCCAGGGUUUUUAACUUUCGACGAGGCAACCGAGUCACUGGGCGCUUUGGAGAUGUCAGAUAACCGGAGUUACUCGAUGGCUAGCGACAUCAGCUUCUUCAACAACAGCGGGCUACCCACACCGGGACUCAGUCCUCCUCAAUUUACGCGAUACCUGUCGCCGGCCCAGCUUGAAACUCGACCCCUCUCGAGACACUCCUCGUGUCCAGUUGAUCCAUCCAAGCUACAACCACCAACCUAUACCGUGCCACUUUCCCGCAACAUUGAGCCCGGGCUGGAGGAUGAGGAGACUGUGUGCAUCAAAUUGCUCGCUCACCUCAAAAGGCAUUCGUCCGAUGAGUCCCAGCCACGGGAGAUGCAAAUUGAGCUAUUGAAGAAGAGCAACGCGGCCGUGCGGAGGAUAUUACGCAGCAAAUCGGUUCGAGCUGAUUACUCAUGCCACCUGCUGCUCUCCAACAUCAUCAACCAUCUGGUUCGGCUGUGUGAGCGGCUGUGCCAAGGCAGAUUGGAUGAAUGCGUCCUAGGGAACAUGGAGUGUCAGUUCUUGCAGGAACAAGUCCACUUUGAGGGCAUGCCUGGCUUUUUCGACACCCCGGUUCCGUCAGCUGUCCCGGCCCCAGAGCAGGACUUGCUGGGGAACCUGGUCAAGGAAGUAAUCGUCUUUACUUCCAUAGUGGGCGACUUUCUGAAGAGAAAGCCCAUCUACGGAUUCCAACACCUGGGGCGGCACGAGACCUUUCAUGUGGAAUUAGAGCAGAGGCUGAAGAAGGCAACCGUCUUGCUCCAGUCCUGAUGAUGUAUUGACCUAUAAUUUCCGUCAUGAUGGGAUGCCCUGGGAUGCCCUUGUAUGCGGCGGGGCCUAGACGGAGAAAAUGACAUGACUUCAAAACUGG